AAUUAACCGAAAUUAAUUGACUGAAAUUAAUUGACACAGUAGAAAAUAACAUUCAAGUUUAUCAAAGAAAAGUACACUUAUCACAGAAUAUCCCUUCGGCACUUUUAUAUCCCUUGCGAGGAACAGUGAGUCUGCCGUUAUAAUGCAACAUCUCCCAGUAAAUCCUUAAACUUAUUUCAGCUAGCACCUAACAAACACUGCACUAGAGCCUGUUGGAAACUGUGGAAACGUUGGCGAAUGUGUCUACUGCAAGACUAGCGGCGGCGGCAGCUGGCGGCUGCUGGCCAACACUGGAGAGUUAGCGACCAAACAAACAACAUGGAGGUGGCAGACCUGCUCAGCGAGACCUGCGCUCCUGAGGAUUUAAAGGUAUUUGAAAAACAUUACAAUGAAGAAAUGUGUAAAGGAGAGGUAUCCAGCAAAACGCAGUUUGAAUACGCCUGCUUCCUUGUUCGUAGCAAGUACCCAGCAGACAUCCAGCGAGGCAUCGUACUACUUGAAGAGUUGUACAAACGUCCCGAUGAAGGUGGAAAUCGGGACUUCAUAUACUACUUAGCAAUAGGAAAUGCCAGACUCAAGGAAUAUGAAGUUGCUUUGAAAUAUGCCCAGGGGCUACUGCGCGUUGAGCCCAGCAACAGACAGGUCCUCCAACUCGAAAAAUGUAUUAAAAAGAAGAUGGAAAAAGAUGCUUUGAAGGGAGCAGCCAUAGCAGGAGGAGCAAUCCUAGGUCUGGGGGCUUUGGUGGGCCUUGGUGUGGCUCUGACAAGAAAAUAAUUAGUAUGACUGGAGUUCUAUGAAGCAAAUCCUGUCAUAUUGCCAUAUAUGAACCAUCUUCUCAAUAGUUAACUUGAAAGGUUGUCAGCAUCACUCAUUCCAUAUUUUGAGCAAAUAUAUAUAUAUGUAUAUCAUGUACAAAAGGAAUGUCUUCUGUGAUGUACAAGAUUUGAUUUCACUGAGGAUUUCACUAGUGACAUGACAUAUCCAUUUGAAUAUGUGCAUGUAUUGUUCACUUUUCUGUGUACUCUAGUUAUUGUUGCCUUACUAAAGUUCAUCAGGAAGGUAGCAGUUAUAAGGUAAAAAGUGGUUUGUGUUGGUGACAAGUUCCCAGUGCAUUCACAGUAAUUAUUUUUAUCACAGUAUUCUUUAUUGUCUCAAAGAUUAGCAUACUUAUAUAACUAGUCCAUCAUUAUAUGAACAGAACAGGGAAAUGGUAACGUGUUUACAAUAGCACUGUGCAAGACUCCUUGACAGACAUUGCCACAGCACAGUAAACUGGGCUUAUCUUGCAUGAGUAAAGUGUAUUUAGUUUCCUCAGCUGCUUUCCUGCCUAGUCUUUACUAUGUAGUACUGCAAAAACCUGAAGCCAGUGUUGACACAAAAAUACUUCAUAAUGUGAUAUUUGUACUUUUACAAUAUUGUAAUUUUAUUAAAUGUGUAUAUUAUAUAUUAUAGGAAUAAUACAGAUUCUUGUGUAAAGAUAAGCUAAUGAUGCUUUACAAGUCAGGUGUAAUGCUAGGGGCUUCAUACUUGUAGGAUAACCACACUAAUUUAUUUAUAAAGAAAAAUAUAAAUAAAAAGUUUAGUGAAU